CACAUAAAAAAGUGAAACACAGCCACAAUAUAUUAGUGCAUCAUUAUAGCUUAAUACAGUCUAGAGAGUAUGAUUUUCAAAAAGCUGGAGGCAAAUGUACAUAUUUACUAUUUGUGCGUGUGAUAGCUAGUAAGACUCACAGCUAGCGCUUGGCACGUGCAGAUACCCAAAGUGCAAGUGAAACCUCAGUAACUACCUAUGCAUUCUUGCUAAUAGCUUUGCAAAUUAGACCCACUGCAUUUUAAAAUAAUGUCACACUUUAUAUGAGUAGGAAUGGCAUCUGCAGAGGCACCAGCGAGGGGAAUAGUUAUAAGGGCCAAGAGCUGUCAUGCUUCAAGGCAUUACCUGAGCACCUGAAUUCUCCCCGGCAACGAUACAGUAUCAGAUGUUAGGUACAUUAUGGCCAAUAGGGUUUUGCACCUCCUAUGGUUAGAGACAGGAUAUCAGACUAGAUGGGCUAUUGGUCCAUUCUUGUCUGCUAGCAUUUAUGUCCCACAAGCUUGAGCAUCCAUCUGUAGUGGCAAGCACAGGGUGCUGUGUACAGGCUUCAGACUUGCUUCUCUGCAUCUCUCUCAAGCAUGGCAAUCCAAACAACUCAGCCAGCUUUCCUUGCUCAGACAACUGAACCAUCUCCCUGCUGUGGGUGCUUGAGCCAGUUUAAUCUCAGGAUGGACUAGACCAGCAUUUGCCAUAUUUCUUAAUCUCUUCUUUACAGCAGACCCACAACAGAAAGGCUGCAGCUGCCGUCCAGGCAGUUCUGAUGUGUCCGUCACUUUAGCAUCAAGGCUCUGUUAUAACUAGCAUUCAGUGAAUUCUGUCUGACCUGGGAGCCAGACUCUCCAGCUUCCCUUUCUUAUAGCUAGUGAUCACUGCCAAGCAGGAGAGCAUUACCGGACCCUUCUAUUAUUCCAUUAUGGUGGGGAACCAGUGAGAGAAAAAUCCUGCAAAGUGCCAUACAUGAGGGAAGAUUUAGACCCACCCUGGUCUCUGAGGGAGGCAAUGGCUUUCCACUGACAAUGUUCUCCAUGUUCCUCUGGCUCAAUGGAUCUCUCUGCCAUAAGGGUAAAAGCUUAUCUGUGCAGGAGACAGAACUUUCUCAGGAGCUGGUCCAAGACUAUGAAAUUAACUCCCUCAGGAACUAAGAUCCAUAACAAGUCACACCACCUUCCACUCCAACUGCAAGGUGCAUUUCUUUCACCUGCCUUCUCUAACAAAUGUAUAGCAACAUGUAUAGUUAUUUAAAAAAAAAAAACUGCUAAAGCAAGACACCAAUGCAUACACUUCUCCCUGUGGAGAGAGGAUGAGAGACCAACCAACAUAUGGCAGACGUUAAUCAUGUUGCUUAAUGCACAAUUGGAGGGCACUCAGAUACUAUGCUGAUGAGCAUGGUACAAGAACGUAUAUAGUACUGUUUAGUGAUGCUCCCUACCAGCUAGUCAGGAUGGAGAAGCUGUCUCCAAUGUUCUUUGGGUCUCACCCUAACCCACCAUCCCUCAAAAUGCUCAUAUUGACAAGGGACAGUAAGAGGACAUUCAGAUGGCUGCUAAUGGUCUGCAGCAGCUUCCAGAGUCUGCUCUCCCACAACAAAGGUGAGUAACUUUCUCCCUAAACAGCAGCCAAUUAACAUCUUUCGUGUAGUUCAAGCCAGAACAGUUGGAUGCAGCUCAGAAGAGAUGGCACCAUAUGCGGUGCACUGUGCAAAAGGGGAUCUGGGUUAAACGGUAAAUCUCUGCCCCAGCACAUACCUAGUCUAGUACAAACUGCUGGGAGGAGGAAGGUGAUGCAAUGCUCCAAUGUGAGGCUGGUGAGAGAAAUCAGACACUGGCAUAGGCUGAAAUCAGACUGUGACCUUCACUGGUUUAGCACUUGGACAUGAAAGAGCCUGCUGGGUUUAAUGAUUCACUCCAGUAUCUAUCACAGAGCUGAUACAAUGGCUGCAAUCAGGCUUCUCCUCUCACUCCUUGUUGGCCUAUGUGCUUAUUAUUUCUACAGCCAGGAAACCCUAUCUGCAGGUAAGCAAAGCAGGACAGGCCCCCAGGGAAUUCACACCCCAGGCACAGAAGAGGGCUAGGGCUGACUCCCUGUUACAGAUCAGAUCCUUUACUGAUUGCCAAAAAAUGAGCUGAAUCAGGACGGAGGUUAGUCCCCUUUUGUGGCACUCUCACAGCUCAAUGCGAAGGGAAAAGAUGACCCCCAUUUGGUGACUACUGACAGCAUCCAAAGCAAUUGAAAAAUCCUUUCUAAAACUAAGCUAGAUCUAUGACAAUGAUCUAUUUAAGAGGCAUAUAAAAAGUUGGAGCUGAAAAACAAGAGGUGAACAAAGAGAAGGGCAAGUGUAAAAGGGGGUAAUGAAGCAGGGAGCGUGUGGCUCAGUCUCCACUGUAAGGGGAACCACUCCAAUGAGUUUAGCAAAUGCAAAAUGGUGACAGGAAAUGAGCCCCAACGAUGCCCUAAGAGAAGCCAGAUACUUCACUACAGACAUGUUAUCACAAUGGAAGCUUGUGGCUGCAGCAGAAGAUUUCCUCCAGGUGGUGACAAAGGAGGAAUGCUGGUUCUGAGUAGCAAGGAAAGACCAGGACUUGGGAGAACCUUGUUUCAGAGGCUGGGGAACCUGAAUAUCAGGAAAGGGAGAAAAUACCUCUUUUUAAAAGGAGCCACUGAGAGAACCAACUUUCUGGUGCUUGCCAUGGGCUCCCUCUGGGGACUGGGAACUAUCACAGGGGCGAUGUGUUUGGGGAACAUGCUUUCCAUAAUAGCAGGCAAGACCACGUUUGCAGAGAGAUGCAUUAGCCUGUGGAAUAGCCUUCCAAGGGCAAUAGUGUAAGUCCCAUCGCUUGGGACAUUUAAAGCGAGCCUGGACGUACUAUAUCCUGUAGUGGCAGGGAGAGGGAUGGGGUGACCUAAUAGGUCCUUUCCCUCCCUAACUUGUCCAAUUACACAUAAACCCAUAUCACAAAUGGUCUCUGCUCCAACAGGUCAGGCUGAUCAAAGUCGUAACUACUCCCCAGUUGUAUAAUUUAGUGCCAGUACUCGGCACUUUACAAACAAAUACUCUCAGUACUCCUGGAGUAUCACUAUCUCCAUUUUACAGAUGAAGAGAUAGACCCUCUUUGAUGGUACAUAUUGUUGGGAUUGAGAGAAUCAGUGUUGGAGUCCUGGGGCUCCCCGAUGCCCAGGAUCUUAGGGAAGCAGUGGGGCAAAUUCCUGCUAACAGCCUUUUAAACCUCCAGAAAUGGUGCGAGGGAAGCGUGUGCUGGUCACUGGUUCGAGCACUGGGUUUGGGGAACAAAUAGCCUAUGAGUUUGCACGAAUGGGAGCGCACCUGCUCCUCACUGCCAGGAGGGAGAAGCAGCUCAAGGAGGUGGCACAGAAGUGUCUGGAACUGGGGGCAAGUUCUGCCAGGCAUGUGGUGUCCUACAUGAACAACUUGACUUCAGCCCAGAAUGUCAUUGAAGAAGCCAGAAACAAACUGGGGGGUCUCGACUACCUGGUUUUGAACCAUGUUGGGGGAAGUGGCCAGUUUGGCCCAUUCCAAGGAGACAUGGCAGCAGUGACCAGUUCCAUGACUGUCAACUUCUUGAGCUACGUCCAGCUGACAGUUUCUGCAAUGACCAUGCUGCAGGAGUCUCAGGGCAGCAUCACUGUCAUAUCAUCCCUGAGUGGUCGGAUAGGAACCCCAUUCAGCCUCUCAUACAGUGCAGCCAAGUUUGCUCUGGAAGGAUUCUACAGCUCGCUACGCAGGGAGCUGCGCCUUCGGGAGAUCAGUCUCUCAGUCACAGUUGCUGUGCUGGGAUAUAUUGACACAGACAAUGCUUUGAAAAUCAUUGGUGAUAAAAUCACCAUGCAGGCAAAUCCCAAAGAGGAGUGUGCACGGGAAGUGGUGCGGGCUGGUGUGCUGCGACAUCGAGAGGUCGUAUAUCCUUACUGGAGCCUAAAGCCUCUGCUGCUGCUAAAGGAAUGGAUGCCAGGCCUGAUGGAAAGGAUGCUGGACAAAUUCCUUGUCCUGGAAAAUAUCCUCUGAGCCUCAGGGCAGUUCAGUUUCACAUUGAAGCACAAUAAAAGGAAAACCCUGCACAAACAGAGGGGGCAACUGAGA